GCUCUAUGCCGAUUCAAAACUCGACGACAAAAACUAACCUCAAAAUCGAACAUAACCUCAAAGCCAUCUAACAACAACCAAGCUCUCACGUGGUUUCUGAAAUUAUUUAAUCAUUAAUUUUAUGUAUCUUAAUUAAUUUGUAAUAUUAUCAUUCAAAGAUAACAUGGAUCUAAUAAAAACUAUAGGUGAUGAAGACGAGGUACCAGAUUACUCAGAAACUUCAGACGAAGAAGAAGAAUAUCAACCAACAAAACAGAAGAAGCGAAAAAAGAAAGACUUUGAAUGCGAUUUUGCGUUUGCAUCGAGCACACAAGAUUACAACAAGGACACAUGGAAUGACAUUCAAAAAUACAUCAAACGAAACGUCAAAAGCAAGGUUGAUGACAAAAUUCUGAAAGCACGAAAGAAUUUGAAGAAGGAGGAAGUUGAAGAAAAUGGCGACUCUGACAUUGAAGAUGAAGAAGCAAUCAUGGGAAACGGCAAGAAUAAUUCAGACUCAGAAAUCUCCCUAUCUGACGACGAACUGAAAAAAGAUACCCUGAAAUUGAAACAGAAAAGGAAGAAAGUAAAGAAGAUGGGUCUGAUAAAGAAGGAGUCAGACGAAGAAGAAGAAGAGGAGUUCUUUGAAGAUGCACCUCCGUAUGACGAGAAAGCGUCCUUCUAUGAGAUGAACCUGUCACGACCUCUGUUGAAGGCGAUAGGAGCGAUGUCGUUCGUUCACCCGACCCCCAUCCAGGCAGCAACCAUUCCAGUCGCACUGAUGGGUCGCGACAUCUGUGGUUGUGCGGCCACUGGCACCGGCAAGACUGCUGCAUACAUGCUGCCCACUCUGGAAAGGCUCAUCUAUAAACCUUUGAGCGGAGCUCCUGUUACCAGAGUUGUGGUUCUGGUGCCAACUCGAGAACUGGGUGUUCAAGUUUACUCAGUGACUAGACAGCUGGCUCAGUUCACCAAGAUCGAUGUCGCUCUGUCUGUCGGAGGGCUAGACGUCAAAGUGCAGGAACAAAUGCUGCGUAAAUCGCCGGACAUAGUCAUCGCCACACCAGGUCGUCUAAUCGACCACAUCAGGAAUGCACCUUCUUUCAGCAUAGACCAAGUUGAGGUGCUAAUCCUAGACGAGGCUGACCGUAUCCUAGACGAGUACUUCCAGGAGCAGUUGCACGAAAUAGUGAAGCAGUGCUCUAGGACUAGACAGACGCUGCUGUUCAGUGCCACCAUGACGGAUGCCGUCAGGGACCUGGCCUCUGUGUCGCUCGACAAGCCUGUGCGCAUAUUCGUCGACAACAAUCAGGAUGUCGCUUUCAAUCUCAGGCAGGAGUUUGUCAAGAUAAGACAGAAAUACGAGCCAUACAGAGAGGCAAUUCUGGCUUCGCUGGUGUGCCGCACUUUCCAUAGCAGUACAAUGGUGUUUGUGCAGACCAAGAAGGAAGCUCACCGUGUUCACAUCAUGUUGGGUCUGUUGGGAGUCAAAGUGGCCGAAUUACAUGGCAACAUGUCCCAGCCACAACGUAUGGAGGCGUUGAGAAGAUUCAAAGACUCAGAAGUAGACGUGUUGGUGGCAACAGACGUGGCCGCUAGAGGUCUGGACAUUCGCAACGUUAAGACAGUCAUCAACUUUGUGAUGCCACCGAGCUUAGAGCACUACAUCCAUAGAGUGGGCAGAACGGCGCGUGCCGGGCGAGCUGGAGUGUCGGUCAGCAUGUGUGGAGAGUCUGAGCGGAAAAUUGUCAAGGAAAUCAUAAAACGCGCCCGUAACCCGGUGAAAAGCCGGAUCGUUCCGGUGGAAAUCCUGGAAAAGUAUCGGAAAAAGGUGGAGAAACUGGAGGGGGAGAUCGAAGCCAUCCUUAAGGAGGAGGAGGCGGAGAGGCUGUUGGCCAAAGCUGAGAAUCAGGCGAACAAAGUGGAGAACCUGAUGAAGGAAAAAGGAAAGGGAAUGGGAGAGAGACCGAGGGAGUGGUUCCAGAGUACGAAGGAGCGGAUGAAGGAGAAAGAGAGGCAGAAGUUGGGAAAAGGAGAGAGCGAGAAGAAAAAGGGAGGUAAGAAGAGGAAGAACGAGGAUGAGGAGGGAGAGCUGGAAGUGGGGAAGGAGGGCAGGAAGAGGGGGAAGAAGGAGGUGGGAGAUGCGGCCGAAAGUAGGGUGAAGAAUGAGAUGGAGAAGGUGGCUCUACUGCAGGCCAGAAUGGCUAAGAGAAAAGGACAGAAGAGGAGAAUGAAUGCGGUCUAUGAUCCUGCUAAUAAGGUUGCUAAUGGAAAUGCAGUUGGAGGCAAGAAACGAAAGAAUUCUGCAUUUGACUCUGACCUUACUGAUGUCAGCAACAGGAAAGUGAAGAGUCUCAGAUAUGAUGCCAGCAAACACAAAAGAGAUGAGCAACGGAACAACAAGUCCAACAACAAUAAAAACAACAACAACAAGAAAGAUUUUAAGAAACCUAAAAGAUGGAAAUAAAUGUUGUAGUUAUGUAUGAUGAUCCAAUAAAUUUUCUAUUUGUUCAACA